AUGAGCCGUCGAGCGAGUCUGAUCACCGAUGGCGACCAUUUGGCAGCGCUGGGCAUCCAGCAGGAGCUCAAGCGGAAUUUCUCUCCGCUGUCCAUGCUGGGACUGGCCUUCGCCAUCCUGAAUUCCUGGACGGCGUUGUCAACUUCCAUGUCCCUGGCUCUGCCAUCCGGAGGUGCGACAUCUGUUAUUUGGGGUCUUGUCACCGCCGGAGUGUUCAAUCUCUGCCUGGCAGCGAGUUUGGCGGAAUUCUUGAGUGCGUAUCCGACUGCUGGCGGACAAUAUCACUGGGUUCAUAUCAUCUCAUGGCAUUCGUGGAAACCACUUCUCUCCUGGAUCACUGGAUGGAUCAAUGUCUUCGGAUGGAUGGCGUUGGUUGCCACAGGAGGUCUGCUGGGCAGUCAAAUCAUCAUCGGCAUCAUCGCUCUCUACGAUACCAGCUAUGUCGCACAGAGAUGGCAUCAAUUCCUCAUCUACAUUGGCUACAACAUCUUUGCCAUGCUUGUCAAUGCUUUCGGCAAUUCCAUUUUGCCGCUGGUCAACAAGACCGCGAUUAUCUGGAGUAUCUCCGGCUUCGUGAUCAUCUCCAUCACCGUGCUGGCUUGUGCUUCGCCCGACUACAACUCCGGAGACUUUGUUUACCGCGAAUUCUUGAACACGACUGGAUGGCCUGAUGGUGUUGCCUGGCUUCUUGGACUGCUGCAGGGCAGUCUGGGGCUGACUGGCUAUGAUGCCACAGCACACAUGAUUGAAGAGAUUCCGAACGCCGCGGUGGAAGGACCAAAAAUUAUGAUAUACUGCGUUGCGAUCGGCAUGUUCACUGGCUUCAUCUUCCUCUCUUGCUUGCUUUUCGUUGCCGGCAGCGACAUUAACGAGGUCAUCGAAUCAGGCGCAGGACCACUGAACCAAAUCAUUUUCAAUGCAACCCACUCCCGGGCGGGAACGGUCUGCCUUCUCAUGUUCCCGCUGGUCUGUCUGCUCUUUGCAACAACAUCAAUCAUGACCACUUCCUCUCGCAUGACCUAUGCAUUUGCACGAGACGGCGGCCUCCCUUUCUCCCGCAUCUUCGCGCGUGUACACAAGAAACUCGAUGUUCCUCUCGAGGCACUUGGACUCACAGUUGUGGUGGUCUUGGUGUUCGGGUGCAUCUUUCUGGGAUCGACCAGCGCUUUCAAUGCCAUUGUCAGUGCUUCGGUGGUUGCUUUGGGUGUCUCCUACGGCAUACCGGUCACUAUCAACUGCCUUCGCGGCCGUAAGCAGCUGCCGCCAACAAGGACGUUCAUCCUACCAGAGUGGUUCGGAUGGACAGUCAACCUCAUGGGCAUCGCUUUCGUCAUUGUCACCACGGUGCUCUUCGUCUUUCCACCAGAAUUGCCCGUGACCGGCAACAACAUGAAUUACUGCAUUGUCGCAUUUGCGAUUGUUUUCAUCAUCAGCAUGAUGCAAUGGUUCGUGGAUGGACGCAAAAACUAUACUGGACCGAAGGUGGACAUGGUGGCCAAUAUCCUGGUCGCCAUGCAGUCUCCACGUGCAGUUCUGAUGACUCCUACGUUACUCAUGCCCGACUAA